AUGCCGGCCAACGAGAUUGAUCAAGGGGCCAUGGGAUCUGGCUUCAAGAGCUACAGACGCAUCUUCCGCUAUGCUGACCGAAAGGCCUGGUUCCUUUACUCUAUAUCCUUCCUUGCCGCUAUUAUAGGUGGUUCAGCGCUUCCAUUAAUGGACCUGGUCUUUGGCAAGUUUGUAACGACCUUCAACAACUUUGCUAACGGCUCCAUCAGCUCUGAAAGCUAUAUACAGGAGGUGUCAAAAUACUCUCUUUACCUGGUUUAUCUAUUUCUCGCCAAGUUCUUUCUGGUCUACAUCCACACUCUUGCCGCCUCAGUAGCGGCCAUUCGGGCUACCAAGGCGUUGCGAUUGGAGUUUAUGCAAAGCCUCCUACGCCAGGAUGCCAGCUAUUUCGAUUCAAACAAAGACGGGUCGCCAUCCGUCAAGGUUACUAUGAAUGGUAAUAUCAUAACUAACGGCAUUUCAGAGAAGCUAUCAGUGUUUAUUCAAAGCUGCGCCACUUUUGUAGCAGCUUUUGCCGUUGCGUUUGGAGUGCAGUGGAAGCUGACGCUUAUCACCAUCUGCAUUGUUCCAGCUAUCCUUAUUAUCACUGGGUCGCAGAGGAAACCUUUCUCGUCUAUAUCAACUGUUCAUGCCUUCUGGUUACAGCCAUUGAUGGCACAGCGCUACGAAGAGUUUCUUGCUGAAUUGGAAAGUGUGGGCAGAAAGAAAUCACCGAAUUAUGGUGCUUUAUUUUCUACUGAAUUCUUCUGCGUUUAUUCGGGCUAUGGUCUUGCUUUCUGGCAGGGCAUCAAUAUGUUUGCUCGUGGUGAUAUCCAAGAGUCUGGCGACGUCGUAACUGUGAUAUUCGCUGUCGUUGUUGCGGCCACAUCUCUGACCCAUAUUGCCCCCCAAAUCAUCACAAUCACCAAAGCCGCUGCCGCUGCCGAAGAACUAUUUCGCAUUAUCGAUAAGGAGUCGGCUAUUGACUCUUUCUCAACCUCAGGAUUGGCACCCGAGGAAUGUGUUGGGGAGCUCAAGCUGGAAGGCCUGGAGUUUGCCUACCCAUCUCGCCCGGAUACCAAAGUCCUUAACGGCGUGGACUUGAAUGUGCCUGCUGGUAAGACUCCGGCUCUGGUUGGUGCUAGUGGCUCGGGGAAGAGCACAAUAAUCGGGCUGUUGGAACGUUGGUACGACCAUACCGCCGGUAGCAUCCUUCUUGAUGGCAUUAAGAUACAAGAACUCAAUAUUGCAUGGCUACGUACCCAAAUUCGUCUUGUACAGCAGGAACCAGUUCUCUUCAGCGGCACAAUCUUCGAUAACGUCGCCUUUGGCCUUGUGGGGACGCAGCAUGAAGACGCCCCUUAUGAACAGAAACUUGCAUUGGUGAAAGAAGCCUGCAAAGAGGCUUAUGCGGACGUCUUCAUUGAUCACUUGCCUAAGCAAUAUGAUACACAAGUUGGCGAGCGAGCACGCAUGCUAUCCGGUGGUCAAAAACAACGUAUAGCAAUUGCGCGCAGCAUAAUUUCACACCCCUCAGUUCUACUGCUAGAUGAAGCGACGAGUGCCCUUGAUCCUAAGGCUGAGAGGAUAGUUCAAAGCGCCCUAGAUAACAUUUCUAUUGACCGAACUACCAUUAUCAUCGCGCAUAAGCUCUCUACGGUACAGAAGGCAGACAAUAUCGCCGUCAUGUCUGCUGGCAAAAUCAUUGAACAAGGAACUCACCAUGGACUCAUGGCCAACGAUGGUGUCUAUGCAAGGCUUGUCCGUACACAGGUUCUAGAACAAAAAAGCCGUGGGAUGACAGAGAAUGAUCUGGCUACUGACAUAGUUGAGCAGGGUGACUGGGACGAAGGGAAAUAUAACCUAGAUGAAAAGGAAACUAGGAAGGAGAGGGGUGAUGAGAAGCAAAUCACAUAUCUUACAACACAGCAUGCAAGGAGCAUAGCUUCUGACACCUUGGAACCAAAUUUCAACGCACAAGCAAAGGAAACCAUGGGAUACAACCUAAUCCAGUGCCUAUGGCUUCUGAUAAAGGAGCAGCGGAAUCUUUGGGGCUCAUACUCGAUCUUUGCAUUUGCCUGUAUUCUUGGGGUUGCAGGUGCUACUUUUCCAACUCAAGCUGUCAUUCUUGCACGGACGCUUGAAGUUUUUCAGCUCCGCGGCAGCGAAGCCGUUCGCCGUGGGAACUUCUGGGCACUGAUGUUCUUCGCUGUAGCCCUUGCUAAUUUCCUUAUUUACUUCUUUGUGGGAUGGGUAGCCAAUAUCAUCAUUCAGGAAGUUAGCCGGAGGUAUAGGAGAGAACUCUUCAGAAACACCCUUAAGCAAGAUAUCUCUUUCUUCAAUCUGGAGCAUAAUGCUACUGGCUCAAUCUGUGCUAGGUUAUUGAUUCAUGCGUCAAAUUUGAAUGAGCUCUUAGGUAUCAAUUCGGGCUUAAUUCUCAUCAACGUCGUCACAAUUAUCUCUGUUUCUAUCUUGGGCAUUGCUUAUGGAUGGAAACUUGGCCUCGUGUGUGUCUUUGCUGCUCUACCAUUACUGCUAUUAAGCGGCUACUUCCGUAUCCAUCUUGAGAGCAAGCUGGAGGAAGAUACUUCUACACGCUUCGCCAGCAGCGCUGCAAUUGCAACGGAAGCAGUCUUAGCUAUAAGGACAGUAUCAUCCCUUACUCUGGAGAAGAGGAUUCUUCAAAAAUACCAAGAAAGAUUCGACGUCGUUGCGCAUCAGUCUGUAAAAGCCCUGACUUUUACAAUGUUUUGGUACGCCUUGACCCAAUCUAUUACCUUCCUAGCCAUGGCCUUGGGCUUCUGGUAUGGCGGGAAACUGGUAUCUACACACGAGUAUAGCAACGAGCAAUUCUUUGUCGUCUUCACUGCGGUUGUGGUUGGCGGUGAGAAUGCAGCAGCUCUUUUCCAAUACACCACUGGCAUCACGAAAGCAACGAGCUCUACCAACUACAUCUUUUGGCUACGCCAGCGAGUCCCUGCCAUGGAUAACGACUUUUCGAAUGAACCCCUCGCGAAUGGCUCCUUCGAGAAUAAUGAAACUAUUGCUAUUGAAUGUCAAACUGUCAGCUUUGCCUACCCUUCUCGUGGGGGAUCAAAAAAUGUCAUUUCUGACAUCAAUAUCAGAAUUCCUCCAGGAAAAUUUGUUGCGUUUGUUGGCCCAUCAGGCUGUGGAAAGUCAACCAUGAUCAAUCUCCUCUGCCGCUUCUAUGAUCCAACCACCGGCUUCAUUACCUUUAAUAACCAAGCAAUCCAUGAAACCGACCUUCAUGACCAUCGCCGGCGUCUAGCCCUUGUUCAGCAAGAACCUGUACUAUUUCAGGGCAGUAUCAGGGAGAAUAUUGCCAUGGGCUUGAUUGAUUCCAGUGAGGCAACAGAAGCACAGAUAGAGCAAGCCUGUAAAGAUGCAAAUAUCUACGAAUUUGUCUUGUCUUUACCUGACGGGCUGGGGAGUGAAGUCGGUCUUCGUGGCUCUAAACUCUCUGGUGGCCAAUGCCAGCGUAUUGCUAUUGCCCGAGCUCUUGUUCGAGACCCCAAAGUUCUGCUUCUUGAUGAAGCAACAAGUGCGUUGGAUACAGAAAGUGAAAAGAUGGUCCAGGACGCUAUAAACGAGGCAGCCAAGGGGGGUAAAAGGAGUAUAGUUGCAGUGGCCCACAGGUUGAGUACUAUUCAAAGCGCUGAUACCAUCUAUGUCUUUCAGGCAGGGAGAAUUGCCGAGGCUGGUACUCAUAUCGAACUGCUGGGCAAAAAGGGUGAUUAUUAUGAGAUGUGCCAGGGACAGGCAUUGGAUACGGCUCUAGGCUGA